GCAGCAGCUGCAGCGAGAAGAGGGACCCGGCGCCGCCACGCUCGCGUUGCCAAAAGACUCAUAUUGCGAUUUAGCUCGAGGGGAAGAAAGAGAGACAAGGUUACAGGACACAGCGUCGCGUCAACGACAUCCCCCAAAAAAUGGUAGACCGUGAGCAACUGGUGCAGAAAGCGAGGCUCGCCGAGCAGGCGGAGAGAUACGACGAUAUGGCAGCUGCCAUGAAAUCGGUGACUGAGCUGAACGAGGCACUGUCCAACGAGGAGAGGAACCUGCUGUCGGUGGCCUACAAGAACGUAGUGGGGGCGAGGCGCUCAUCCUGGCGCGUCAUCUCCAGCAUCGAGCAGAAAACGUCGGCCGACGGCAACGAGAAGAAGAUCGAGAUGGUGCGGGCCUACCGGGAAAAGAUCGAGAAGGAGCUGGAGGCCGUUUGCCAGGACGUCCUCAACCUCCUCGACAACUUCCUGAUCAAGAACUGCAACGAGACGCAGCACGAGAGCAAGGUGUUCUACCUGAAGAUGAAGGGCGACUACUACCGUUACCUGGCCGAGGUGGCCACGGGGGAGAAGCGGGCCACCGUUGUGGAGUCCUCCGAAAAGUCCUACAGCGAGGCCCACGAGAUCAGCAAGGAGCACAUGCAGCCCACCCACCCCAUCCGCCUGGGCCUGGCUCUCAACUACUCCGUCUUCUACUAUGAGAUCCAGAACGCCCCCGAGCAAGCCUGCCACCUGGCCAAGACCGCCUUCGACGAUGCCAUCGCCGAGCUGGACACCCUCAACGAGGACUCCUACAAAGACUCCACUCUCAUCAUGCAGCUGCUACGAGACAACCUGACACUGUGGACGAGCGACCAGCAGGACGACGAGGGAGGCGAGGGCAACAAUUAAAAGAGUCCCGAAACUUAAGCUCUGCCAAAACACACAACACGUGCGCUCACAACAAAAACAACGACGACAAAAAUAAAUAUUAUAAUAAUAAUAAUAAUAGUCAAAAAGUUCUUAGAAAUUUAAAAAAGGGUGUCGGUGGAACGUCGGCAGCCACUUUUCGCCGAUGGCACACUAACGCGGCUGCUGUUCUUUAUUUUUCCACAAAUUCAAAGUGACAAAAAAGAGAAAAAAAAGAAAAAAAAGAAAUAGGAGAUCAGACAAUUUUGUUUAAGUUUGUGAAAUUACCUAUGACUAAAACGGGAAAACAACAAAAAAAGAAAAAAGAAAACGAACGAAACACCCCCCCCCCCCCCCUCCUCGAUAGCCUCUGCAUCAUUUGUCAGGAUACCGCUUUAGAAGCAAGAGGUACGCGUCAUCCACGGCAGUGUGGCCUCCGGGUUGUCGAGAACCUGCACACUGACUGGCAUAGACUGUUCUUAUCGCGCGGGCGAACGCUGGGCUGUCUUAGUGUAUUGGGCGAGGGAGGAGCAUUCGGAAAAUUGAGUUUCGACGCUUGAGCAAACAAGAAAAUUUAAAGUAACCUUGAAUGCCAUCGCCUUGCUUAGAGAGAGAGAGAGACAGGUCGAGGGAGACAGUGGCAGAUAUGAAGACAGCUUUUAGACGCUCUUCAUCAAGUAACAGCAGAUGUAUCGAUGUGGAGUUGAGGUGCACCACCACACACUACGGUCCUUCUGGGUGGGGAGUAAACAGGUUGUCUCUGUUACUGAACAUGCAUAAAAGGAAGGAAAAAAAAAACAAAACAAAAGAAGAAGAAUUGUUCUGUUUGCUUUGUGUCCGGUACGUGUCCAGCUCAGUCACACGGUCAUCCUGUAACUAAAAUACAAAUUUCAUGGAGUAUCUUCGUGCAGCUUGUCCCUCUCAUGUGCUGAUGUGCUUUAAUGAAUAAAUUAACUGUUUUCAGGCACCUAAAUCUUUUUUUGUCAGUAUUGUCGUUACUAUUUACAAUUUCUAUUGGCUCUCCUUUAUAUGUUUGUGGAACAUCAUUUGAUUCACUGAGAUAAUAUAUUAAAAACAAAAAAACAAAAAUCCAAACACGAUGAGUAGAAAUUAGUCGAUUUUGAAACAAAAACAAAACAGAAGUUUGGAGAAAUUAUUCGAUAAGCCCCGGCUCUCUAGUGAUAUGUCGACAACAAUCUGCUGGAUCUGUGGGACGGCACAGGGGGGGCCACAUACUAAAAUUAGCGGACUAAGUAUCGUCUGUGGACAGAG